AUGAGAAUCGCAAACUGGGAGGUGGAUAGAAUGUUGAUAGACGGAGGCAACACAGCCAACAUCAUAUACAUCAGUGCGUUUAACGAGCUGAAGUUGGACAGAAAAUACCUGAAGAGGGUGAGCUACAAAUUCACCGGGUUUAAUGGAUCAGGGCUUACCUCGGAAGGUAUAAUCGAACUCUCAGUCCGAGUAGGGGAAAGAUCAAGAAGGCGUGAUGUCCGGGCAGAGUUCCUCGUGAUAAACUCCCCUUCACCCUACAAUAUGAUCAUGGGAAGACCGCUCAUCCACAAGAUAGGCGGGGUGGUAUCCACCUAUCACCUUGCCAUGGCCUACACAACUAAUGAGGGACUGUCAGCAAAGCUCAGGGGAAGUCAGAAGAUAGCCCAGCAAUGUUACAUAACCGCUCUAAAGCAUCCCGCAAAAACCAGACAACAGCCUGGUUUUGAGAGAAGGCCCGUUGAACAACCUGAGAGGAAGUCGAGGAAAAAGAAGCGUGAAGAGUAUACCAGGGAAAAGGAUAAGUAG